AUGGACUGUUUAUCCCGACCUUCUCUCAUCUGCUGUCUUAUUUUGGCAGCCUCACUAUGGCUGGGCCGCGCGGCCGCGGGUCCCUAUGGAUACGAUCCAUACACCUUAGAUCCGUACAAAAAGAAACAUUAUACGCAGCAGCAAUCGUCAUAUAAAGAGGAGAUGGGGCAUUCGAAGGAGGCUGUACACUCAAAACAAGUACACCACCCGUCCAAGGAAUACGCAGAGCAAUGUGACAUCAUUCCGUUCUCCAAAGAGGCGACGUGCUCAAUGGCUGUACCAUCAUCAAAGCCAUACAGCUGUCCGUCUCAGACCUCUUUCGAGGUCUGCGACGUCAAGCCUACUCAGAUUCAAGCUACUUGUUCCCGAGUGGUCCAGCAAGAGCGCAAAUAUGCUUGCCCUAUCCAAGUUGAUGUUCAAGAACUUUGCGCCGAGGUCCCCGUCUCGCGCCCCUCAACUUGCACCCGGCAAGUGCCUAAGCGUUCCCGCAAGUCCUGCCCUAAGCAGAUAAACGAGACAGUAUGCAAGGCAGUUGCCGAGAAGGUGCAGUCGACUUGCUACCGACCGAAACACGUCACAGAAGAGUACACGUGCCAUCGUCUGGAUUCAAAGGAAGAGUGCAGUGUCCAUCAGCAUAUCGUUCCAUCUAUCUGCACCCGCAAAAUUAUUAGCAAGAAGCCCUAUGCUCAGAUGGACACAGUUUAUGAACAAGAGUGUGCCCAGGUCCAGAAGCACAAGAAGGGGACCUGCAAGCGCCAAGUGACAAAGAAUGAACAGUAUCCGUGCACAGACUUUCAGGCGAAACAACAAUGCUCGAAAGUCCCAAGGGUCGUGAACAAGCCAUGCACCAUCCAGACGACGCAGCAAGUGGCUGUGGACUGCUCAGAGGAGGUCGACACAGUCCAGGAGAAGCAAUGCCCAAAGAAAGUCAAAGAAACUGUGAUGCACACUGUCUGCGAGGAGGAGCGGUACGAGCCUCCAAAGAAGAAAGGGUCCCACAUGGAAGGCUACUACAGGCGUCUUGGCCCUGGUAAGAAAGGCUGCAAACAAGUGCCUCAGCUGAUUGAACGGACGGUGAUGGAGAUGUGCACGGAAGUCGUGCGGAUGAAGGUACCUAAGACCUGUUACGAGACCCAGGUCGUUCCCGUCCAGUCAACCUGCCCGCAAACCGAGAUGGAGGAGGUGUGCUUCGAAGUAAAGGAAGCCGUCCAAAAAAUGUGCACUCGAGAAGUCCCAGCUACCGAGGACUAUCCGUGCGACGAGGUGGUGUCUGAGGUGGAAUGCAAGAAGGUCCCGAAACAGGUCAAAGGGGUUGCGUACAAAGAAUAUGAACAUCAGGAGUCAUAUGCUUGCGAAGCAACUGAACAGAUCAAGAAGUGCAAGAUGACCCCUGUCUUCCAGGCGUCCACGUGCGUGGCCUCCCUGAUGGACGUGGAACCGUACGAGUGCUCUGUCAGCGUGAUGAAGGAAAAGUGUGAGCAAGUGCCUCGGAAUAUCCAAAGCAUUUGCAUCCAGGAAGAUUGGGUUACCGAGCAGUAUGAGUGCUUCGAAGAAGGAGUUGAACGGCGUUGCAAGAAGUUUCCCGUGUACGCGAACAUGGGCGAAUGCACAACGACCGUCUCUGUGACGGAGGAGUUCCCGUGCACGCAUCCUUCUCUGGAGCAAGUCUGCCGAACGGAAACUUCGAGCGUCAGCAACACUUGCUAUGAGCCCACUAUGGAAGAACAGAAGUACACCUGCUUUGAGCGAGACACCAGAGAGCAGUGCGAGAAGGCUCCCAUCCCGCAGAAAAAAGGCGGGUACCACCACGAACCCAAGAAGCUCUUAGUGUGA